AUGCAGGGCGACGCUCCGUCAGCAUUCAUGGUCGCCAGGCGCGCGAGAAGCACCAGUCUGUCGUUCGACCGUAAUGCCAGUCUUGCCAGCAAGGCCGGCGUCCCAUCGCCGCCACUGGUCCAUCCUGCACCACAAUACGUCGCUAUUUCGGCGGCUACACAAUUGAUCUCUGCAUCUUACGGGGUCAACCCACUAGAACCCAAGGAAGGGAAACCCAGCAACACCAUCGUCACACCACCGUCACUCGUGCUCGUGAACGGCUUCCUCGACCAUAUACUAUUCAACAUCCUGCUGGCCGCGAAAUCGACAAAACUAUCAGCGAUUAGGCCUGCUGUUUCGGAUGUCCUCAAACCCAGAUUGGCCCGUGCUGUUGUCUCCGCUGCAGAUGAAGAGCUCAGCGAGUACAUGGGUACAAGCGACGAGGAAGAACUAGCGGAAUUCAGAGGCAACCAGGACCCCGCCGGCCAUUUCGAAUUGGAGCGAUCAUGGAAAUUGACACGCUUACGAUGUAUGGUCUAUGCGAGGCUGGGUGAUAUGGAGGAAGACGACGAGGAAGAACAUCUACAGCGAGAAGGAUUAAACGAAAAUAACGGUCGUCCGUACAGGUUUGUGAACCAUGUCGGGCUCCUUACACCGGCUGCAGCAAUAUUCCUUACCUCGAUUUUGGAGUACGUCGCCGAGAACAUAUUGAUUAUUGCUGGCGAAAAUUCCAGCACCAGGCUUGGGUUCACGAACGAAGACGACGAGAGGAAAUACCAGGGUGGGCCGCUCGUGGUCGACGAUGUGGAUGUCGAGAAAAUUGCUCUCAACCCGACGCUCGGGCGGCUCUGGCGUACCUGGAGGAAAAACCUUAGAGCCCCUAUGCUCUCGCGGACGCUAUCGCGAGAGUCCCUGGUACAACGUGGCUGCACUUCCAGGAAUAGCACCCGCAGCAGCGUCGGUACUGUGGACACCUUCGACGGGUUCUCCGUCAACCGAAAAUUUGCCUCCGAUCCACCUGUCUCUGAAAACCCCGAACUCAUCAACCCUGCCGAAGUGCCCCUGCCAAUAAAUGAGUACGAUAUUGAUGAAAUUGAGAUGCCUGGUUUCACCUCACAGCUCGCCGUCGCAUUACCUGCACGGUCAAUGCGCCCCAGGAGCCUGUUCAUCUCCAGCUCUGAUAUCUGCAGCACUCCUGCCUCUACAAGAAGCAGCUCACCGCGUGUGAAAGCCUCGCCUCGAUCUAACAGCAAAAAAUCACAUUCUCGCUCCCAAUCCCUCCCGCAGUCGAUGUACGUUUCGCCUACCUUCCCAUCUCCUACCCGAACGAAGCGUUCCGCGUCUUCCGCCGCCGAGUCUCAUGAUGAGCAUGAGAUUCUCGAGAGUAUGCCCGAAGCGGAAGAGCCUGAAACUGAAGAGUCCAGGGAAGGAGAACAGCAGGCUGGUCCUGAUUCUACCCCGGAACUCAAUAACAACCAGCACUACCGCCCGGCCAUCGCCAGAAAGAUGAACCGUCAUUAUUCACUAGAGGCAGACGUCUCUCCUCCAGGCAGCGAAAUCGACGACACAAACAGUGUUGUUUCCUCCUUACAUACUGGACACGAAAUGUCACGGCUGUAUUCUAACGAGUCUGCGGAAUCUGCCCGUGUGCCACAGGAAAGUGGUCAUUCGGCCCGCAUCACGACGUGGGACGACAUUGCGGAUGGAAAUCCAGCAUACUAUUCCUCUUCGUCUCUCACCGACGAUGAACAACCGAGCAGUGUGUAUCGGGCCAGAGAGAGGAAGUCAUCACGAUCCCGAAUGGCACCUGCUCCACCUACGAGUCACCCACAGGAAGACAUGUCAUCUACUCAAGGCACAAUUGUGGAAACAUCAUUUAUCUCACAUUCCUCUCGCUCUACCAGUCAGGGACCACGACUUACUCCUUUGGCUGAGGUGGCCGACAGCACUCCUGUGCAAGAACAACAUCCCUCCAUCCAAACACAGCAACUUGCUGACCAAGUCUCUAUAUCCGGAGAUAGCGAACGCUCUGCCACUCCACGAAGCCGGCCAUGGCUCACAAAAAUCAAUACCAACUGUUCCACAAGAACGGCUCCUUCUGUGUCUCCAGGCUCAGAACGCGCUGCUGUUCAGCGAGUCACACCUCCGCCAUGCAGCAUCUCUCGAGAUUCGAGCAAGUUGCGCAGGUCGGAGAGCACAGGCAGUCGACGUGAGGGACGCCCAAUUACAUCCGGCUCUGGUGUGUCGCAGGGCUCAAGCAGGAUCAUUAAGGGAUUAAGCAGUCGACAGCCGUCGGACCUCUCGGUGUCUGUGAGAGGGUCGUCUGAUGGCAGCGGCAAUGGGUCUACGGCACUUGAGGAUCUACUGAAGAGCGAUGAGACGAUUCAUUAUACCUUGACACCGCGAAACAUGAGGGAGAUGGAGGAAGCCGGUUCGCCCCGAUGGGCAGCUACCCGACCAGAUCUCACCGAUUCGUUCGAUACCAGUUCAAUAAUCAGCGGCAAGCAUAGUCGGAAGACUGUAACACCUUCACUACGCUCUCCUUCUAAAUCACCAUCUACACAGUCUCCACUUGCUCGAAACCCGCCCAGCCCACCUCCAAAGACGAAACUGACUGCUCCACAAGCAAGAGACGCCAGAGCAGACAAUACAUCGGUUAGAGAUUUCGCAAACUUCAUCCGUUCCACAGGACCAGAUCAGGGGUUACACCCAGCCACAGCCCAAGGAAAUAACAAUGUUCGCAUCGCCAAAUCACUUCCAAACUCCCCUGCGACAACAGGCUCCUUUUCGCCUAGUAUGCUUGCUCCUCCAAGGGCAUCACGAGAUACCACACCUGGGACACGAAACAGACCUCGUCUGGAAGCCCGCCCAGCCGUCCUAGUUAGGGAUAACAGAACAUCUGAGCUCAUCGACUUCAUCCGUGAAGGUCCACCAGAUCCUCAGGCUCGUCGCUUGCAGCAGAAGACUGUCGCUCCCUUCAGAGAUACCAUGAACUCAGACGAUUUCCGUUCCUUCACCCCUACACGCACUGAUACUGUCACCGGCGAGAGUUCGAUGCCAAGCACUCAGGAUGGUUCGAUGGUGGCUAAAUCCGUCGCUUCAGUGAACUCGCGCACCGCCCUAAUUGACACUACCAACCGCUCUAGCAGCCGAGCCCAUCAGCCUAUCAGACCUUCUCCCACUUCAAACCCACGAGGAAAAGAAGGUUCUGCUCCCGCUAAAACGCGGCGACGAGUUAAAGACCCAUACGCCAUUGAUUCAGAUAGCGAGGACGACUACGAUGACCAAAUCGAGUCAACAAAACCAAAGGAAGAAAGUCUCGCAGAGUUUCUAAGAAACGCUCCCCCGCCUCCCCCGCCUCAAAAGCCUCAACCUUUCUCCAUCAACGUACCAAAAACCGACGUCAAGCGACAAAAGUCUAUGAGGACGCGUAUUAUGCGAAGCGCGACUCUAGAUUCCAACUCGCGAGACUCACCACGUUCUUCUACCGCCACCCCACCCCCUAUUCCUAGACUCGUCGACCUCCCCUCCCAGCACACCCACCCCGGCAAGCCACAUGCAUCUCUUAGUUCAGGGUCGUUUGUGGCUACAGUCCACGCGGACGAGCCCGAUAAUCAGUGGCACUCCGGUGGACGGUUGCCAAAGGGGAUAGCGAAGGGCGCUGGUGCCGACGGUAUAUACAGAACUAACAAGUCUGAGACUGCAGCAUUGGCAGAUUUCUUGAAGAAUACCGCUCCUCCACCCGCACCGGCCGUGAGCACUAUGUCUUCUGUCAGCGGAAUGAAGACAGGUUCCUCUGGCGGCUGGACCUUCAAGACCUUCCUACGAAAAAAGAAACAGGUGGUAUAA